UUAUAGGCGAUUGAAGUUUAUUCACAUGACAUGUCUGUGUAUUGUUGCCGCUGGCCCACACAGGAAUAUUUUUAAACAACAGUGGUUUAGGCUCAUAAGACUGACCCUUUGUUGUGUAUAUUAAUGCAUUGUAUGUAAGCCUCUUACUUGACUAUGGAAGGAACAGAGCGAACGAUGUGGAACAACUCCGGACAGGAGAUGUGGAACAACGGAGCAAUUGAUCCGCCUGGAACCAGCGGAGGACCGCCGCUAGCACCGCCGGGGACUGGAGGUGUUGGUGGGUCGAUUCCGCCACCGCCGGCUGCUCAACCGUCGUACACUGUGUUGCCGUCUCCGGCUGAAGCAGAGGGUUUUCUGCAAAUUCAAGAGCCGAAGAUGUUACAAAUGGGAUUGAUGGAACUGGGCUUACUGGUUGAUAGAAGAUACAAACAAUAUUAUCAUCAAAUGCAGAUAAUUAUAUCAUCAUUUCAAGUAAUUGCUGAAGGUGGAGUAGCAAAAACCUACACAUCACUCGCACUCGAGACCAAUUCAUGCCGUUUUCGGUGCUUGAAAGAUGCAAUCGACAGCCAGGGAACUAGUGGAUCUGGAAGGGUAUGCAUGUGUCGUCAAGCUACGUUUGAAUAA